CUAACAUUUUGCAUUCUUUCUUCAUCGCAGGUCUUCGCAAUUUGUGUAGAAACUGGAAAUAAUGUCGAAAGGGUUGAUUGUUGGGCAAAUGGCAGCCAUGUGUUGGAUGUCAUUUUUUGCCUUCGAUGCCUUUUUGGCUAUUUCUGAUCUCAAUGGGUUUUUGCGCUCAAAACCAUUGAACUGUUCCAUGAUGGCAAGCUUGGUGUACUGUCCCCAAAACAGCUUCGGUUUCAAGUUUGGCGGCUCUGACGAGGCAUGGAAAGUUGCCUUCGGAUUGAUUCAUUCUGCGACGAAACUUAUGGUGAAUGAAUCUCAGUGGGAUCGUAUGGGAGGACUGUUAUACUUCAUGCUGUCAAUCGUUUCUCUCACGGUUUUGGCACAAAAUUGGUGUUCCCUGGACGUCGCCGUUUGGUGCUUUCGCCUUCAGUAUCCCUGGAACGUUGUAUGGUACUUUUUGUGCACUGGAGUGGCGUUCUUUUGUGUUGGGCUGAGUUUGAGUUACCCAUGUGGAAUGAUAUGCUCGGGUACAGCAAGAGAAAGACAUAGUUCAGAAAGCCUGAGACGGCUCAAGAAUCACCAUCCGCACGGAAGCAUCGUGUGGAUUCUGCUCAUGAUGAUGAUUCAUCCAGUCAUGACAGUUGAUCGACUGCUCCUUGCUGUCGGUUUUAAAAUUUAUUAUGACCUUGUGUGCAAAAUUGACGAAGAAGAUCUGAAGUACGGUAAAUUGAUGAUGGCCAAAAAGAAAGUAUGCCUUAACGACUUCUGAGCUCUACCAGUAUGUGCUGGAAUUACAUGUGUUCCUACUGUUUUAGUGGGUUCAAAUACGCCGACUAAAAUUGUCUCGGGGGUUUUAUAUGAUUUUUGCUAAACCAUAUGGCUUUACACUGAUCGUUCGAUGCAACUAAGUUAUUAACGUGAUUUUUAUGUUCUCGUUGGAAGAAGAAAAACGGUGCCAGUUGAUCUUAUUAU